GAGAGGGGCGGGCCCGGCCCGGCCCGGCUCGCCCCGGCCGCCCGCGCGCGGCUCCUAGAGCGCCCCGGGCCCAGCCCGGUUGGCGGCGGCGGCGGUGGCUGUAGCCCGAGGCCUCGGUGGUGCCCGCGCGCUGCGCCGCAGACAUGGCCCUGGUGACCCUGCAGCGCUCACCCACGCCCAGCGCCGCCUCCUCCUCCGCCAGCAACAGCGAGCUGGAGGCUGGCAGUGAGGAAGAUCGCAAGUUAAAUCUCAGCGUAAGCGAGAGCUUUUUCAUGGUGAAAGGAGCAGCCCUCUUCUUGCAGCAGGGGAGCAGCCCUCAAGGCCAGCGAAGUCUUCCGCACCCCCACAAGCACGCAGGUGACUUGCCCCAGCACCUUCAAGUGAUGAUCAAUCUUCUGCGAUGUGAAGACAGAAUCAAGCUGGCCGUGCGCCUGGAGAGUGCCUGGGCGGAGCGGGUGCGGUACAUGGUGGUGGUGGACAGCAGCGGGCGGCAGGACACAGAGGAGAGCAUCCUGCUGGGCGUCGACUUUUCCAGUAAGGAAAGUAAGAGCUGUACCAUCGGGAUGGUUCUCCGGCUGUGGAGCGACACGAAAAUCCACCUGGACGGCGACGGUGGAUUCAGCGUGAGCACGGCGGGACGGAUGCACGUCUUCAAGCCCGUGUCUGUCCAGGCCAUGUGGUCCGCCCUGCAGGUCCUGCACAAGGCCUGCGAAGUGGCGCGGAGGCACAACUACUUCCCCGGGGGCGUGGCCCUGGUCUGGGCCAGCUACUACGAGAGCUGCAUCGGCUCCGAGCAGAGCUGCAUCAACGAGUGGAACGCCAUGCAGGACCUGGAGUCCACGCGGCCCGACUCCCCAGCCCUGUUCGUGGACAAGCCGACCGAAAGGGAAAGGACCGAGCGCCUCAUCAAAGCCAAACUCCGGAGCAUCAUGAUGAGCCAAGACCUAGAAAAUGUGACCUCCAAAGAAAUCCGUAAUGAAUUGGAGAAACAGAUGAACUGCAACUUGAAAGAAUUCAAGGAAUUCAUAGACAAUGAGAUGCUCCUAAUCUUGGGACAGAUGGACAAGCCCUCCCUCAUCUUCGAUCACCUUUAUCUCGGCUCUGAAUGGAAUGCAUCCAAUCUGGAGGAACUGCAGGGCUCAGGUGUCGACUACAUCUUAAAUGUCACUAGAGAAAUAGAUAAUUUUUUCCCCGGCUUAUUUGCAUAUCACAACAUCCGCGUCUAUGACGAGGAGACGACAGACCUUCUUGCCCACUGGAACGAAGCGUACCACUUUAUAAACAAAGCAAAGCGGAACCAUUCCAAGUGCCUGGUACACUGCAAAAUGGGAGUCAGCCGGUCCGCCUCCACGGUCAUAGCGUACGCGAUGAAGGAGUUCGGCUGGCCCCUGGAGAAGGCGUACAACUACGUGAAGCAGAAGCGCAGCAUCACACGCCCCAACGCAGGCUUCAUGAGACAGCUGUCUGAGUACGAAGGCAUCUUGGACGCGAGCAAACAAAGGCACAACAAGCUGUGGCGCCAGCAGACUGAAAGCUGCCUGCAGCAGCCCGCGGAUGACCUUGUGGGGUCUGGGGACUUCUUGCCAGAGACCCUGGACGACACCCCGGAAGCCCGGCUGCCCUGCUUGGAUGAUGCUGCCCAGCCCGCGUUCCCAGGCAGCAGGGCCCCAGGAGGCGGAGGGCCCUCUCUCUCCUGCUGUUUCCGGCGACUCUCAGACCCCCUCCUGCAUUCCCCCAAUGACGAAAUGGGCAGUCUGGUCCAGCUGGAGGACCUGGAGAAGGACGCUCUGUCAGAGGAAGCCACUCCGCCAUCGGAGGAGGCGCACAAGCCAGCCAGGCCUCCCCAGGGAGGCCCGGGACUCUGCGAGAAGGAAGCGAAGAAGAAGCCCGAGUCCCGGAGCCUGAAAGCGCAGCGCGGGCCCUCGCCCCAGGUGGAGGAGAUGGAAAGGGAGGAGACUCCGGGAGCAGGGAGGUGGGGAAGGUCCCCGCCCCAGCUUGAUAAAAACCUGCUCAACCGGGAAAACCUAAAUAACAACAACAGCAAGAGGAGCUGUCCAGACGACUUUGAGCACGAUGCUAUAUUUGGGAUCCUCAGCAAAGUGAAGCCCUCCUACAAGUCCUGUGCCGACUGCAUGUACCCGACAGCCAGUGGGGCUCCCGAGGCCUCCCGGGAGCGACGCGGGAACCCUGGCGCCCCAGCCAUCUGCACGCAGCCCACCUUCCUGCCCCACCUCACACCGUCCCCGGUGGCCCACACAUCCGCCAGGUCCCGUGCUCUGGAGAAGCUGGCCUCUGGCCCAGCUGAAAUACCCCCUUUCCUACCACCAGCAAGCCCGAGGAGGCCGGACACCGGUGGCUCUGGGGCCAGGGUUGCCCCGGAACUAACAGCUAGCCUUUUGGAACCUUCCAGAGAGCCCCAGAAAGUUCUGCCAAAGUCCCUCCUUCUGAAGAAUUCUCACUGUGAUAAGAACCCUCCCAGCAUGGAGGUGGUCAAGGAAGAAUCGCCGCCCAAGAAAGACGUGAAGCCGGCCAAGGACCUGCGGCUGCUGUUCAGCAAAGAGGCCGAGAGGCCGACCACACACAGCUACCUGAUGCAGCACCAGGAGUCCAUCAUGCAGCUGCAGAAGGCGGGCCUGGUCCGCAAGCACACCAAAGAGCUGGAGAGGCUGAAGGGCUCGGCUGCAGAGCCGGCGUCCCCCUUCAGGGAUGGCGCCAGCAGGUUGGAGGCCAGCAUCCCCGAGGAGAACCAGGACCCGGCUCCCGUUCCCCCGCCAGGGGCCCUGGCUCUGCCUGGCCGAGACGGCAGCGACGAGAAGUCAGAGGCCACCCCUGUUCCACUGGAGGGAGCCUCGCUGAAGAGCCCCAGUCCCUUCCUCUGCCGCCUGGACCACACCAGCCACUUCUCGAAAGACUUCCUGAAGACCAUCUGCUACACCCCCACCUCAUCCUCCAUGAGCUCCAACCUGACCCGCAGCUCCAGCAGCGACAGCAUCCACAGCGUCCGCGGGAAGCCGGGGCUGGUGAAGCAGCGGACCCAGGAGAUCGAGACAAGGCUCCGGCUGGCGGGACUCACCGUCUCGUCCCCGCUCAAGCGCUCACACUCUCUUGCCAAGCUCGGGAGUCUCAACUUCUCGACAGAAGACCUAGCCAGCGAGGCCGAUGUGUCCACCGUCGCUGACUCCCAGGAUGCCAAGUUGGGCGACACUUCCUUCCUGCAGGAGCCCCGGGCGAGCCCCGGGCACCCAGCCGCCACCUCUAAACCGUCAGGGAAAUCUGCCCCAGAAAACUUGAAAAGCCCCUCGCAGCUGAGCAAAAGCUGACCCGCCUUUAGCUCAUCACAUGACCCCUUAGUUUCACGGUGGGUUUUGGUCGACCCCUCACGUCUUGAUUUCUCUUAAAGGAUGGCGUUCUGACUCCCCGCCCCCCACCUUGCCAGAGGGGAGGAGAAGAAAGAAGCUCACAGCCCAAGAAGAAGGGGAGUGUCCGUUGUGCGGCUGGGAGGACCAGAAGCUGUCGGCCAGCAGGCUCUGAGCCCAAGUCAUGUGUUUUCCAGAAGAGUCGUGUCUGAAGAAGAACACAGACAGAUAAGCACGCACAUCGGAAGUGCUCCAUUUGCGGCAUGCGAGAGAACGGUCGCGGUGACGGCCUCCUCGCCGUGGCGCACGCUCCGGCCUCACUCCGGCCCGCGUGGGGAAAGUCUUGGAUGGCAAUAUAAGUCCUACCUCUGUUCUUGCUGAGCUUUUUAUUGUUAAAACACAGUGAUGAGCAAGGCUCAUUCCAGGGAAUAAUGCUGUGUCAGAAACAGGUUUUCCAAAAAGGAGGCUUUUUUUUUUUUCUUUCUUUUUUUUUCAUUUGAGCCCCCCAAAAGUGUUAGGAUUUCUGACUCAACUAUGCCUGAUGUUGUUGGGUCAUCUGUGGGGUGCACGUGUCCGUCCCGGCUGUCGUCACGGCCGAGUGGUGUGUGUCCGGCUCGCACUGGGGUCUGGUGGGGGGGAAGUGUGUGUGGCGUCCUCCGCUGUUGCUCGUGGUGGAUUUGGAAUGCCCCCCCCCCCCCCGCCGCCCCCCCGGGCAGAAGGACCCACCGGGCACUGCCGAGUCUCCUCUGCUGUUGUGAAGAGUCCUGAAAGUACCUGGUGGCGGCAGUUGUCCUGAGGUACAGAUCGUCCCGCCAGAAGCCCCGGCACUCAAGGUCAUUUGGUCACAUCUACUCGGUUUGGGGGAGGAAAAGGAAAGUCGAGCAGUGAGAAAUGACCAGUUCCUCCCUGAGAGCAACCGAGCGGAAGCUUCUCUGAAGGAGAUGCAGCUGUCGGAAAGCGUCACAGGUGUUUACAGUUGCCCAUUUCUGUGCGGGGAGGGCGGCCGCCUGGCUCCCUCUGGCUGUUCCCAGUGGCACAGGUGGGGGGCCCAGGGGGGCCCGCGGACCCAGCCUGGGCUCUGUGAGUAGCCCCGUGGGAGUCAGGCAGGCUCGGUGCGCCACGCUGCCGGGGGCUCUGCGCUCCAGCGGAGGGUCAUCUGGUGUCGGUCAGCAAGGCGAGAUGUUAAAACAUUUUGAGAAGGGAGAAGGGGCUUGAUUAGAAAGGUUUAUUCAGGGGUCAGCAAACUGUGGUAUGUGGUCUCGUGAGCUAAGAAUGGUUUUUACACUUUUUCAGGGGUUAUAAGAAAAAUAAACUAAUAGGCAGCAAAGACCACAGAGCCUGCCAAGCCUAAGAUGUUCAUUAUCAGGCCCCGUGUAGAAAAAGUCCGCUGACCCCCGGUCUUGUUCGACAGCGCAGGGCUGCCCAGGGCUCUCUAGGAAGAACCUGGGCAAAUGUGAAGGCCUCCCUGCCUCCAGCCACCUCAGGCCAAAUCCACCUCCGGACCCCGACCUCGCCUGCCUACCCCCAGCUGUCCCCUGCAGGGUGGCCGGCUCUGUGGCUGUGUCCCCGGGGAAGCGCUCCUGGCUGAAGCUGACCCGCAGGGGCAGCUCGCCCUCGGCUGGGUCAGCCACAUUAAGUCAGCGGAAGUACACAGCCUUCAGGGACCAGCCAGGUUCUCAGAGUGGGUGCGAGGGCUGCCGUCUCACGUUAGUCCGAAAGGACCCCCAAUGGCCACCUCUGAGGACAGGCCCGGGCAGGGGCUUCGGGAACAUGUGUCACCUAGUGUGAGAGUUUCGGGGGGGAAAACCUCUUUCCAGGAACUUUCUCUCCCGGACCUUAUCCUUUUCAUUGUAGACGUAUAUGUUAUUUUACUGUGUAGGAAUUUGUUUUCUUACCACUGUUCAUUGAAAUCACCUUAAAAGGUGAUUGCUCACUUUUCUUAAAAACACUGCUAGGUUUUUCUCCCUCUCUCUCAGCCAACGAAAGCAUAUUCCCAAAAAAAAAAAUCAAGUUCAAUACAUUUUGCCAAAUUAAAUUUCAUGUGGCGGAUCAAUUUUUGUGUCAAAAUAAUCCUUUAGAUUUGGUGGUGACAGGUUAUGUUUCUGCUUUUUUUUUUUUUUUAAACCAUGCCUGUGCGUGAGAGUGAUAUAUUUUUGAAAACUUUAAUUUUGAAAGCCAUAAUUUUUCUUACCCAGUUAAAGGGCAGGAGGAGGAGGAGGAUGACAAAUCGGAGUAGCUUUUUGGCUUUUGUCAAAAUGAUCUAUGCAUUUUCAGAAGCACAGUCGGUGUAUUAACA